GCUAGAAUGUUCCUUUUUUGGGGGUGGGGGGUCUGUGAGAAUCCUAACUGCGUGGGCUGUUGGAUUAAGCCACUGCUGCAGCAUCAGAAGGGGUUUAAUCUACGAGAAGCAGCAGCAGAGAGAGACACUAUUUCCCAGGCUCUAUUUUACCCCGUUUGUCAGUUCUUUUACUUGACUGUACAAGAACUGCUGGGCAUCAAGGACACAUACAAGAGAGGAUAGAAUAUCAAAGGAAGGAGGAAAACAGCUUGUUUGACUGGAGCAGAGAGAUAAAUAAAGCCUCAUAGUGCCUGCUGCAGACACCAGACACAGCCAUUAUGACCCAGGGCAAGCUUACAGUCGCAAACAAGGCUGCUGAAGCAGGAGAGAAGCAGUAUGGCACUUCAAGUGGAGAAGCAGGAGGGCCACCGGCCCCUCCCACCUAUGAGGAGGCCACUGGCGCAGGUGAGAAAGGCAUCAGCGGCAGCCCCUGUUACAGUGGGGCUUAUCCUAGUGAUGGGGAGAUGCUCACAGAAUUCAGCUGGAGUGAUAAAAACAUCCGACGGAUCUUUAUCCGCAAGGUUUACGCCAUCUUGAUGAUUCAACUACUUGUCACUCUUUCCAUUGUGGCUCUCUUCACAUUCUGUGAACCAGUGAAGAACUACAUUCAGUCCAACCCUGGAUGGUACUGGGCUUCCUAUGCUGUGUUCUUUGUCACAUAUAUUACACUCGUCUGCUGUCCUGGACCAAGGAGACAGUUUCCAUGGAAUCUGAUCCUGCUCGCCAUCUUUACCCUCUCUCUCUCCUAUAUGACAGGGAUGCUAUCCAGUUAUUACAACACCAAGUCAGUGGUGAUGUGUUUGGGUAUUACUGCUAUGGUCUGUCUUACUGUCACUCUCGUCAGCUUCCAAACUAAGUUUGAUGUGACAUCAUGCCAAGGUGUAUUGUUUACCUUCUGCAUGGUCAUGAUGGUGUCUGGACUGGUCCUGGCCAUUGCAUUGCCCUACGGAUAUGUGCCCUGGGUGCAUGGUGUCUAUGGUGCCUUGGGAGCGUUACUUUUUACCAUGUUUUUGGCAUUUGACACCCAGCUACUGAUGGGGAACAAGCGCUACACAAUAAGUCCAGAGGAAUACGUCUUUGCCACUCUCAACAUCUACCUCGACAUUAUCUACAUCUUCUCCUUCUUCCUGUCCCUGUUCGGAACAGAGAGGACAAACUGAAUCCACCUCCAGGCCAGCAUCUCAGCUUUUCCAUCCAAACACGGCCCGUAUUCAUAGUCUCAGAGUGGUAGUGCUGAUCUAGGAUCGGCUUUGGCAUUUAGAUCACGGUGAAAAGUGUCAUACACACAGGGGGGGAUAUGAUCCUAGGUCGACACUACUCGGAGACACGGUAUGAAUACAGGCUCUGAUCUCACCAGAUGUACUGUACACAACCCAUUGAUCCACCACUUCUUCCCACAGUCUCAGCUUAGUGUGAUUUUCCUUCCCCCUCUAGCAUGAUAUGGACCUAUACUACUUUAUUGUCUGCUUAGCUGUCAAUCUCCAGAAUGUACAGUACUUUUCACCUAUAGGGUCAGCGAUCUAUAGAAUUACAUUGCUAACGGUAGAUAGGUGUGAAAAACACAUGCAAAACACUGAGUCUGUCUAAAAGCUAGAACUGUAGGUGUUUUUGUUUUAUGCAGAUGUGAUGUCCUUACUUUCUCCAGUCUUUUAACAACAACAGUCAUGAAUGACACUGCUCUACAGGAGCUUAUCACCUCUUAUGAAGAGGAAGGUAAAAGUAUCUGCCCUGAAAGACAUGAAUAUCUUUCAGUGUAGCAACGUAGAUAUCAUUGUGCUUAGUUCAUCAGUAGUGCACUAGGCUACAUCCAAUUCCAUCAGUGCAUAACACAUUGUGGUGACCCUCAGCUUUAGAGUAAAGCGAGAGAGAGUAAAGUAGUUCCUUUUUUUGAUCCAAACUUGGGAAAUUGUUUUAUCACACAAUAAAUCCAAAAAGGACAAGACACGUAUCCAUGACAAAAUAAAUUAAACACAUAUUAAGACACAUUUAAAUCAAUGGCAUCUGUGCACAGGAAGUCUGUGGUUUGUUGUUUCUCCUCCAGUCUGUCAACUCUUAGCCUACUGGUUGAAAUCUCAAAGGAACAUAAGAUCCGGAGCAUGCAGGCAAUUCGAUCCAAUUCUGAUUUCAUUUGAACGUAGGCAAAUUGCUUGGCUUUCCUUAGCUGCUUUAGACUAAACAUGAGUUAAUCUAGUUGCACUAAAACUGGAGAUGUAAUGCAAUCCUGUCAAUAUGAUGAGCCAUAGUCCAAUGAUGUCAGUAGGGGUUUACUCACCACCCUUCUCUUUCUUUGUAACAUUCGGUUCUGUAUUAUUCCCUCCAUGUUACAAUUUUCCAGCUAGGUUGGCUGCUAUUUAACUCUUUUAAGUUUUUAUUUAUUUACAGAUAGCUAAACGGGAGUCAUCCCACUGGGCACAGAUGUCAAUCCAAUGUCUAUUCCA